AUGGCUAAGGAGAUUUUAUUACUAACAAGUUUUCAUUUGCUUUCUGUAUUUGUUAAUAUCCAUGAAGAUAUUGACACUAUUGAUUCUGAUGCUUGUACUGAGGAUGUUCGUCAUCAUACAAUAGGUAUCCAGUGUGGUGAUUUUGUAUGUUCCAGCGAUUCCAAUGCUUUCUGCAACAGUACAACCAGCCUUUGCCAAUGUAAAACUGGGUAUUUUGGUAAUCCUAAAAUUAUGUGCACAGAAACUACAAACCAUAUCUGCCAUCUGUAUGGCGACCCCCAUGUUACCACGUUCAACAGAGAGCGCUCAGCGAUUCUCGUACCUUGCAAAAACAUUCUGACUCAUUUGGACAUCACCAAGACUGGCAUAGAGAACUUGUUCUUGAAAGUGACUGCAGUAGUUAGAUCCACACCUUUUGCCAGGUUCGCCUCUCAAAUGGUUACCACUGGUCUAUUUGUGGAAAUGAUGAUCAGAAACGAACCAAAAGGACUGAUCAUGUUUUGCAAUGACAAUGGCUGUUAUGACACCGUUGAAAAUAUACAGUACCACAAUUUCACUGGAAGCCCAACGUCCAGUUUAGAAUUUACUGUUACCACUAACGCCAACAACCAACAAGUCAUCUCUGUACCGUUGUAUGAAUUAGAGAUCCGGUUUAGAGGCGAAGAUAACUCAGUAGCCAUCAAAAUACCAUCCAGCUCUGUGGUGGAUUUAGAUACGGGAUUGUGUAACAACUUCGUCAACCCAACUGAUUUCAAUGCCAAAGCUCAACAGCUCCUAGCGUACACCUCUCUAGACAACUACCUCCUUUCUAUCAAUGAAAUCAAUGUUCCCUUAUCAGCCGAACAAAACGAUCCACUGUGUCAUAGGUUACGGAUGGGAUGCGAUCCCAAAGAGCGAGAAUCCAUUGCCAUCAAUGCGUGUAGUCUGAUUUAUACCGACCGACCAUUCAGUACCUGCUUCUACUCCUACCGGGGUGGUAAUGACUCUCUGAUUCUCCAAGACUAUAUUGAUUGCAGAAAAGAUGUAUGUGAUAACACAGAUCCUCAGGCAUUGUGUGCGAUGAUUGGUCUUUCAGGAUGCCAGAUGACCACCAAUGUCCUCACUUGUCCAUAACUUCUUGCGAUAUUUUGCUUCUGAAGCUUCUGAUGACGAACCAGUUUUGAAAAUGCUGGUGGAUGAUUUGAUCCCUUGCCUUUGUUUGUAUGGUUAAUAAAUUUUAUCAAUCUAA